AUGAAUAAUUUUUUGCAGAUUUUGAGCAACUCCAAAGCCAAAUUAUCUGAAAAUCCAUCAUUGACGGAUGUCGAUCAACUCCUUAAUUGCCCUGCAAAAUUGGCAAUUUUGCAAAUUCUUAGCCAACCAUUCCCAUUUAAAUGGCAUUCAAAAUCUUGCAAAAAAUGCCAAGAAUGCGAUGGACUUGAGCGUCUGAAACUCGAUCUUCAAGUGAAUUUCGAGGUGUACCAUGUGGUUUUGUUCGAAUUAUUCCCGUAUCUGAUCCGAUCCGACAUGCAGCAAUGGUCAAUUCAAGCAAUUCAACGCCACAAUCAUUCCAUUCAAAUCGAUUUCUUCUGGAAAUCAAUUAUUUCAUAUUGUCGACGAAUUUUCGACGAGUCUCAUAGUAAUCUCGAGCAAAAAAUUCGCGAAAUUGCGCUGGUGAUUUCUUACCCGGAUUUGAAGAGUUCGAUGCUCAAACAAUCAACCAAUCAGCAAUACGAGCUGUUCGAAUUUUUAUUCCAAAUUAUCGUCGAUAACAAACGCGAAUUUUUCAAGUGUGAUUUCGGCGAUGUUCGCAAAUUCUUCAAUAUUUCGCUUGCUCUUGCUCCUGCCGAUAACUCCAACGACAUUGUUCAUCGUGAGAAAUCAUUCUCACUCUUCUACGAAUCCAUGAUCCUGAUGUUCGACGAAUAUUUGAAAACGAUAAACGUGAAAUAUAGACAUUUGUUCGAUUUGAUCAAAACGGAUCUGCGAUGGGAAAGCCAUAAAAGGAGCAAACUAUUCCAUCGGCUAAUUUCGAAAAUGAUAGCGAUAAUUGAUGUGGAUAAAUGGAUGGAAAUGGUGGAAUAUGCGAAUUACGAUGGAGCAAUUUUGCGAAUCGGAUUGCUUGAACAUGUGUGGAAUUUCUACAAAUUAUCUAAACGCGAUUCGAACGCAUUUUUAUCUCGCGACGAAAUCGGACAACUCGAGAAUUUUCGAUUUUUCGAGAAGUGCUUUCGAUUGAUCUGGAUCGGUUUGAGAUCAUUUUUGGAUUUAGAAAGCGAGUUUGCCGUCUUAAAUUUUCUCGACGAAUUCUUCCAACAUCAACAAUCGUCCAGUUUUGUCGAGGAGAUCAUCGUCGGCGAUUUGAUUUCCGAUGAUAAGCGCGGAAUGUCAUCAGCAAUCGACACGAUUCGCGAAUUGCUUCAACCAUACGUCGACGGGUCCAAUCGAGUCGAAGAGGAACGCAGAAGGAACCGAAACGAGCCGUACUCCUUUCGUCGACACAUGGAGGAACUCGAUGAGAUGAUGAAACGCUGGAGGCAACAGAAUGAGCUCGAGAUUCGAAUUCGAAUGUAUCGUGACGAGUAUGAGAAUCGCCGUGAGAAUGGCCGUCGCGAUGGCCGUCGAGGAUGA